AUGUAUACCUACAACUGUACGAUCAUGUUUUCAAAAUUCUGGACAAAUCUGUCUUGGCAAAUUAAAGUUGGCAAUCCAUUUGAUGAUGCAACGAAGAUCGGUCCUGUAGUAUCAAAAGAGCAUAUGGAUAAAAUAAUGAAAUAUAUACAAAUAGCUAAACAAGCUAAUGCAACUAUUUUAUGUGGUGAAACUGUUACGCCAAAAAGUGAUGAAUUGACACAAGGUUAUUUUAUAUUACCGACAGUGAUUACAGAUGUUAAAGAUACAUCAGAAUUAAUGUUACAGGAAAUAUUUGGUCCUGUGGUAUGUGUUUGUGUAUUUGAUGAUGAUAAUGAGGUGAUUGAACGUGCAAACAAUAUUAAUUAUGGUCUAGCUGCAUCACUUUGGACUAGUAACUUGGGAAGAGCUCAUAGAAUAGCAAAAAAAAUAGAGUGUGGCGUUGUAUGGAUCAAUUGUUGGAUGAUUAGAGAUUUGAGAAUGCCAUUUGGUGGUAUAAAAGACAGCGGUAUGGGACGAGAAGGUUAUCCAUUUUCCAGGGAUGUAUUCACUGAUCUUAAAAGUGUUUCUCUGUCAUUAAUAUAA